GGCGGGGGGCCGGGCUCGCCUGGAGCCUUCGGGGUGGGCACCCUGGGCAGGGCAGGUGGCCGAGGCGUGGAGGCAGGGGGAGAAUGCGCCUCUCCAAAACCCUGGUCGACAUGGACAUGGCCGACUACAGCGCUGCACUGGACCCGGCCUACACCACCCUGGAAUUUGAGAACGUGCAGGUGUUGGCGAUGGGCAAUGACACAUCCCCAUCAGAAGGCGCCAACCUCAACGCACCCAACAGCCUGGGUGUCAGCGCCCUGUGUGCCAUCUGUGGGGACAGGGCCACGGGCAAGCACUACGGCGCCUCCAGCUGUGAUGGCUGCAAGGGCUUCUUCCGCAGGAGCGUGAGGAAGAACCACAUGUACUCCUGCAGAUUUAGCCGGCAGUGCGUGGUGGACAAAGACAAGAGGAACCAGUGCCGCUACUGCAGGCUCAAGAAGUGCUUCCGGGCUGGCAUGAAGAAGGAAGCCGUCCAGAAUGAGCGAGACCGCAUCAGCACUCGGAGAUCCAGCUACGAGGACAGCAGCCUGCCCUCCAUCAACGCGCUCCUGCAGGCGGAGCUCCUAUCCCAGCAGAUCACCUCCCCCGUCUCCGGCAUCAACGGCGACAUCCGCGCGAAGAAGAUCGCCAGCAUUGCGGACGUGUGCGAGUCCAUGAAGGAGCAGCUGCUGGUGCUCGUGGAGUGGGCCAAGUACAUCCCGGCUUUCUGUGAGCUCCCCCUGGACGACCAGGUAGCCCUGCUCAGAGCCCACGCCGGUGAGCACCUGCUGCUCGGAGCCACCAAGCGAUCCAUGGUGUUCAAGGACGUGCUGCUCCUGGGCAACGACUACAUCAUCCCUCGGCACUGCCCGGAGCUGGCGGAGAUGAGCCGGGUGUCCAUGCGCAUUCUCGAUGAGUUGGUGCUGCCCUUCCAGGAGCUACAGAUAGACGACAAUGAGUAUGCCUGCCUCAAAGCCAUCAUCUUCUUCGACCCAGACGCCAAGGGGCUGAGUGACCCAGGCAAGAUCAAGCGGCUGCGGUCACAGGUGCAGGUGAGCCUGGAGGACUACAUCAACGACCGCCAGUAUGACUCGCGCGGCCGCUUUGGCGAGCUGCUGCUGCUGCUGCCCACCCUGCAGAGCAUCACCUGGCAAAUGAUCGAGCAGAUCCAGUUCAUCAAGCUCUUCGGCAUGGCCAAGAUUGACAACCUACUGCAGGAGAUGCUGCUAGGAGGCGGAGUUACAGAGAGAGAGAGAGGGAGAGAUAGAGAGAUAGAGAGAGAGAGAGAUCUUCCAUCUGCUGGUUCGCUCCCCAAAUGGCCACAAUGGCCUGGGCUGUGCCAGGCUGAAGUCAGGAGCCAGGAGCUUCUUCCAGGUCUCCCAGGGUCCUCCAGUGAUGCACCCCAUGCCCACCACCCCCUGCACCCUCACCUGAUGCAGGAACACAUGGGCACCAACGUCAUUGUGGCCAACACGAUGCCCACUCACCUCAGCAAUGGACAGAUGUGUGAGUGGCCCCGGCCCAGGGGGCAGGCAGCCACCCCUGAGACUCCACAGCCCUCACCACCAGGCGGUUCAGGGUCCGAGCCCUACAAGCUCCUGCCGGGGGCCAUCGCCACAAUCGUCAAGCCUCCCUCUGCCAUCCCCCAGCCAACCAUCACCAAGCAAGAAGUCAUCUAGCAAGCAGCCGGGGGUCGGGGGCUCUGCUGGCUCCCCCCAGCCCCCUCAGAGAGUGCCUGGUGAUCACCCGGUCACAGCAAAGGGAGGCAUGACAGCAGGGCCAGUCCCAGAGCAGUAGGGGAAAAGGCAAAGGGCCCAAGAGUGUGGGCUGAGGGCCACAGCCCAUGGCCGCCUUUUAGCACCCGAGCCCUGGAUGGUGGGGCUUUGACUUGGGGAGCCCUUAGCUGGAGAGUUCUCUGCUGCCUUGGACAACUUUUCCAUGUUGAAGCCACUGCCUUCGCCUUCAUCCACACCUCCCCCAGCUUCUUCACCCCCAAAGGUCGGCUGUCCGGGACACUAUGGGACCUUGCUCCAGCGCUGCUCCCGCCUCUUCCACCGGCAUCUCUGCUCUCCCAGGAUGGUCGUGGCAUCCAGAAGCAGAGCCCUGUCAGAUGGCAGCACCUCGCCCUUCCCCCUUCUGCUGCCCCAACCCCAGAUGCCCUCUCCACCCUCCACUGUCACCGGCCUCAGCCAUCCUGUCUUCCCCAAAGCCGUCUCUCUGUAAGACUCAGCACCAAUUCCCAAGUCAUCUCAGGAACAUUCCAGAAGCACUGGCUGGGACUCGGCAGAGCACGGGAAACCUGUUGAAAGGCACACACCCUUCUCCUCUUCCAACUGCAUGGGCGCUUCCCUUCCCUGGGCUGGGUGGCUGUUUGGAGGGGUGACCACGAUAGGCAUUCCAGAAUGAGAGAACAAUCGCAGGAUGACGGCCGCAACAGGACCUCAGGGGGAGACCUGGGCGGGGGUUGUGCAGAGACUGCCUUGGGAAAGAGGCACAGGCCUUUGAGGGAGGGGAGGGCUCUGAAUGGCAGCGCAGGUGAGACGGGGUAUCCCAAGGGAGAGCAGCCUGGGUGAAGGCCUGGCCCCUGAGGCAGGAAGAAUGGUGCUACGAGCGGAACAGGCUCUCUGGAGUCCACAGGGCAAGCUGGGGAGCAGGGGGCCUUGAGUGUCGGUCUGAGGCCAGGAGUAGUCAGGGCUGUGCACUGAGCUGGGAUUUCAGAAGACGAACAUGGCCGUCCUGUGGAGGUUAGAAGGUUGGGGGAAAGCAGGGAGCUCCGGCAGGGUCAGGUGUAACGCCGGUGAGAGCGAUGAGGCUUGCAGACACGGAGGAAGGGGUGGGGGAGUCCUUGGGUGGGCUACGAGGCGGGAGCGUCUCCCAGGACUGUCUCCUUGCUCCUAGGCACUGCCUUAGGCAGUUGGCAGGCAUCAUCGCAUUGCAUCCUCCCUGUUGGCUAACCACGAUUGCAGAAGAUGAACCCUUAAGAGGUUAAGUGAUCUUUAUCGGGGGGGGGGGGGGGGGACUUACACUGUAAGUAGGUGGCUGGGUCAGGACUUGAACUUGGUCCCCCUUGAUCGAACAGGGGCGCUCAAAGAGGCUCCUCUGUCCCCCCGUGGUGGAGCUGAGGGUGGAGUUGACUUCUCCAUCCCUUCACCAGCCUCAGAAACCAAAAGCUCAUUCUUCGCAGGAGCUCCGCCCGCUCCCAGCACGGAGAUUGGCUUCAGGCUGCACUUAAACUCACAUAGGGUCUAGAAUCCUGUUUGCUGCUAAGUAGGAAGGGGAAUUCUCGGCUCCUCACCCCUUUGCUGUCUCUCCCCCAAGUCUGGGGGCAGGCAGCAGGGAUCUGGUUCCAGCAGGACAGACCCCUGUGGCCCGGCCACCUGUGGGUGGGAGAGUUUGAAUGAGUGACAGGGACAAGGUGAGAUGGCCUGGGUCUGAGGGAUGCUGUGGGGUCUGUGUCAUCCAAGGAGCAUCCUGGGAGCAUCCAGCCCUGGCGCGGAGCAGCUGGCACUUCAUUUAUGCAGAAUCCUGGUGGCUCUGGGGAGUCUGGAAACUGCCACUGGCUGGUGGGCUAACAGGGGUGUGUCCUGAAGCCGGAAGUGUGAUGACAAAGGAAAUUGAAUUCUCAGGUUCUCUCGCCCAGGGGUGCCCCUUCCUAGUGGACGGGGCAGAGUGCCAGGGCCCACCAUUCGCCACUGUUACUGUUCGCCAAAGAGGCACGGAGAAGCACUAGGCCGUAGGCUGAAGAGGAAUCCACACCCCCAGAGUGGUCAGGAGCGGCCUCCCCAGCUCCGCCGAGCCAGGCUCUGGUCCCAGCAGAUGCUUGCUGCUCCCAGCUCAGAGUCGCAGGCCUGCCUCGGCUACCCUCACUCACUCCAGCGCCCCAGGAGUCACAGCCAGCUGGCUCAGACUGGCCUGUGCCCCGCCGGGGAGGCGGGGAACCCACUGCUCACUCUGGUCACCCACUCUUGGGCUCUCCACCUCCUGGCCGCAGUCUUGGAACACGGCUGAGAAUUUCCCAGGGGGCAGAGUGGACUGCACAGCAGCCUUCAAUGGGUCUGUGCUCCCACUCCACCCUUUCCCGAGAAGUCCAUUUCCCGUUGUGAGCUUUAUUGCCAGGCAGGAAACAAAACAACGUUUAUGGUCUCGUUCCAAGUGGAAGACACCACACUGGAGAUUUUUUUUUUUCUGCCUGAGUAGUGGUCCUAACACAUAAAACCUGGUGGGCUAACAAAGGGUUGUUGGGGGGAGGGGCAAGCAUGGGCACAUUAAUCUCUCCACCAAGAUACCCCCUUCAGGAAGCCCCCAGGAGCUUCUAGAAUCCACCCGGCUCCCGUGAGAGUGGACGCAAUCAGAAACGAGUGCUCAGUUUCUUGUGCUGCCCAAGCCAUUAUUUUCCCAGACUUUCCUGUGAUCUGCCCUGAGUAAGAAGAACUGUGAAGUCGCCAUCAAGCAACUGUGGAAAUGCGCUGGUGGCGCCGGGCCGACCUGUGUCUUCCCGUGGCUGUGAAUGUCCUCGGGUCCCAUGCCGACCCCUGAGCCCCAUCACUGCCGCCCAAUGGGGCAAAGAAGCAAAAAAGCAUUUCUUACUUGUAUGUUUUAACAAAGUUUAUAAAACAAAAUAAAUGGCACAUAUGUUUUCUAA